AUGGAAUUUCAUUCUUCAUGCGAUAGCCUUCUUGGCGUUGGUUACUGGGUUGGGCAUGAUCGUCAUGAAUUGCUUCCUCGGACUCCGCAUUGCUAUCUUCCUGACAAGGGCGCCGUGGGGGACGUCGUUCAUUACGCCCGUCUUCUCCUCUGUCUUCGUCUGGCUGUGCUUGGUUUCCCAAGGUCAGGAUCAUCUGAUGUAGACCCUCGAUUGUUGUAUUGA